UAUUCUCGGAGAGAGAGAAAGCGAGAGAGAGAAAGGGAGAAAAUAAUAACCUCCAAGAAUUGCUUAUUCCCGUCUUUCACCUUCCUCGACCAGCGGCCAGGAGGGGAGCGGCCUUCGCGGUGGGAAUGUGCUGCUACAACAACCCCGCGUCCUAUUUUUUGUGAAUGUAAAUGCACAUGUAGUCUCAAGCCUCUAGCCUAUCUACCCACCUCGGAUUCAAGAGGAAUAUAUACACAUAUAUAUAUGUGUGUGUGUGUGUGUGUGUGUGUUUGUAUGAGAGUGUGUAUACAUAUAUAGGCCUUAUGUAGGCUAUAAAAACUGAGCCUGACAGCGGGGGUUGCUUUUUCACCUGCAAGAAACGUGGAUACAUUUCGAGGGAUUUUCACAUCUUGGUCACGCUUUCUUUUUCUUUUCUUUUCCCUUUUUUUUAUGUUUUUUCUCCUGAAGGGAUUCAUCGGAGUCGACACGGGAAUUAAAAAAAAACUCUAUCGGUGCGCAGUUUUGGAGGCUCGGUGGUGAUGUGAAGGGCUGAUAACACAUUUCAGCAACAAAAGCGAGGGGCAGGGAGAGAGAGAAGGCCCUUUGGAGGAGAAAACACAGCAAGGAACAGCCAUCACAACUAAGGAGGGCAAAUCGGGGGAUAUUGGAUCGUGUCGGAGUUGGAGGUGGUGGGGGAUCCGGCCGAAAAGACAGCCGCAGUGAGUUUGGAGCUGUUUUGGGUUGAUUUGAUGCGGCGAAUGAAAAGGAGCCGGAUGACGACGGAAGCAAUGAGAAUAUCACACAUGUAGCUCGUUUGGGUGUAAAUAUUAUUUUCCUUCCUACUGUCCUGCUGCCCCCCCCGACGAAGACAGCUGUCGGGGAGACAUAGAAUAGGUCGAGAGUGUAAGUGUGCACCUAUGGAAAUGUUUAUGAUGAAAGGGGACAUGGAAGCGAGCCGCGCCACAGCACGGGCGAGGUUUUCGGACACGCCGAGUUCGGCUCCUUGUCACGGGCAGCAGUGAGACGCAAGACCCGGGCUUUUGGAGAUGCAAAUCAGGCUGUUUAUUCUGCCUCCGUUUGAGGCGAAACCCCGAUUUUUUGUAUCUUAACGGACGUUGUGGAUUACAGUUCUUGGCGCUACACACUUGACCUGGGGGAGAGAGUGGGACAACAAAACACAAACUAUAGUGCAUGUGAAGGAGGAAAAAAGCCCGAGUAGGAUUCAGCAAACUGAGAAGGCGGCCUCGGUGUCGUCAGCAACAGUAUCCUGCCCUUUCUCUGACAGCAAAAUACGCGUUAUGGACACAUAAUUUCUCCAGUGCUGCACCACGGACAGUUUUUGGAGCAGGCCGGGGACGUUGAACAGUCUAAAUGUGGGUGACAUUGAUGCCAAAUCCGCAUGUCAAACGAGGGAUCUAGACUAGUUUAGUUUAUUUAUUUAUUUUUCUUUCUACAUACCCCCCCAACCCCCCUUCCACCUCCACUUCUUCUUCUUCUUCUUCCACCUCCUCCUCCUCCUCCUGCCCCUGGACCCCCUUUUUUCUUUUUUCUUGCGGGAAGAUGGGUUGUUUGGGCAACAGUAAGACCGAAGACCAGAGAAAUGAGGAGAAGGCACAAAGAGAAGCAAACAAAAAGAUAGAGAAGCAGCUCCAAAAAGACAAACAGAUAUACAGAGCAACACACAGACUACUGCUUUUAGGAGCUGGAGAGUCAGGAAAGAGCACCAUAGUGAAACAGAUGAGGAUCCUACACGUUAACGGCUUCAAUGCAGAAGAGAAGAAACAGAAAAUUCAGGACAUCAAGAAUAAUAUUAAAGAGGCUAUUGAGACCAUAGUAACAGCUAUGAGCACCCUGACACCGCCGGUGCAGUUGGCGUGCCCAGAGAACCGGUACCGCAUCGAAUACAUCCUCAACCUCGUCAACCAGAAGGACUUUGAGUUUCCAUCUGAGUUCUACGAGCAUGCGAAGACACUGUGGCAGGAUGAGGGGGUCAGGGCGUGCUACGAGAGAUCCAACGAAUACCAGCUAAUCGACUGUGCACAAUACUUUCUAGACAAGAUCGACAUUGUGAAACAGAGUGAUUACACUCCAACAGAUCAGGAUUUGCUGCGGUGCAGAGUACUGACAUCAGGAAUCUUCGAGACAAGAUUCCAAGUGGACAAAGUUAAUUUCCAUAUGUUCGAUGUUGGCGGUCAAAGAGACGAACGCCGGAAAUGGAUUCAGUGCUUUAAUGAUGUAACGGCCAUCAUCUUUGUGGUGGCCAGUAGCAGUUACAACAUGGUGAUCAGAGAGGACAAUCAGACCAACCGUUUACAGGAAGCCCUCAACCUGUUCAAGAACAUCUGGAACAACAGGUGGCUGCGGACCAUUUCUGUCAUCUUGUUCCUAAAUAAACAGGACCUGCUAGCAGACAAGGUGCUGGCAGGGAAGUCCAAAAUCGAGGAGUACUUUCCUGAAUUUGCUCGCUACACCACACCUGACGAUGCGACACCAGAGGCUGGAGAAGAUCCACGUGUCACAAGGGCAAAGUACUUCAUAAGAGAUGAAUUCUUGAGGAUUAGCACAGCAAGCGGGGACGGGAGGCACUACUGUUACCCCCACUUCACCUGCGCUGUUGACACGGAAAACAUCAAACGUGUCUUCAACGACUGUCGAGACAUCAUCCAGCGGAUGCACCUGCGGCAGUACGAGCUGUUGUGAUGGGAGAAGAAAGGUGUUCGGACAAAAACGCAAAAACACAUCGGACAAUGAAAAACCCUGAACCACGAGUCUCUGAACUCCCCUCUUCCACAGAAGUGUGUUAGCUCUUGUGAAGGAACGGGGGCCAAAACACACACACAGACACAGACACACACUAACAGUAAACACACCCUGAACACAAAACUUCCCCUGAUGCAAACUCCCUACCUGCAGCAGACAGAGCUAUUUUGAUGGAAGGGCUUGAGGGGAUAACACAUAAACGGACUCUGAUCUCCACCUUCAGCCAUACUCCCAGCUCCUCACCCUUUGACAUCAUGUAUCGUCCCCAUACACAUUGCCUUCACCUUUCUAGGAACCCCAAGUGGCCCACUCUGGACGGUAUUUCCUGCAGUGAGGAGGGAUUGUUGAAUUCGGGGUGAAAACUGAAAGAGCUACUACUUCAGUGCAACUUGGAAAGAGAAAACUGUUGAAUUACUGCAAAUAGAGACUAAACAUGUCACAACAGAUCAGCUGAACACUGUAUCUAAUAAAAAACACAAGCACUGUGCUCAGGACUUGACUCAAACCAUGUACAUCAGUCCUUCCUAUCACUUACACACAUCCAUGAAUUCAACCACAGGAUCUGCUUACACACAGAAACGUAUCACACCGGCUUUUUACUGGACUGCACAACCCGGGUGGAUCAGGCUCGUUGAGCUGUCAACACAGUGCUUUGAGAUUAAACGGACUGAGCAACGGACUCGCGCGUUACCACAGACUAAGCAGACCAGGGGCGUGUUGUGAACGGUCGGGCUGCAGGGGGACCGGGAUUCACAAAAACGGGACAGAGCCGACUCCGAUGUGAAUUUCUCUAAUGGAGACCAGACACGUUUGAUAGGGAUGACGACGACAGUCCCUCGACUUCUCCACAGAACUGUUUUGCCGCCUGACUUUGCCUUGUAGGUUGUGGAGCAAAACGUGAGGAGGAUAUAUUGAGUUUAAAACAAAAAGAAACAAAAAAAAAAAGGCCAACUUUUAUGGAACUUAACUAAUGGAGGGCAGAAAGCAUCCUUCUACAGUACAGUACCAUAAGUUAAAGAGAACUCUCAUCUUGUCAUGAUUGACCCUGUUUUACUGUCUCCACAGCUGUUUUUGUCUGUGUAGACUUUUGUGCCAUUGUGCCCUGUGCGCUCUCUUUAUCUUUACUCUUUCUGUCUCUGUCAUUCUCUCCUCCCUCCACCCCGUUCUCUCUCCUCUGACCAUUUCACUCUCCAUCUUCACAGUUCUCCCCUUCAUCUCUCUCAGAUUUUCUCCUUCACUGCCCCUCCUCCCCACCACCACCCUCCCAUCUGCACUUGUACCUUCCGGCAGUGCUAUUUUGUUGAAAGAGAAAAUAAAAUAUAAUAAUCCUGGAAUAUAAAAAAGAAAAUGAUGACAACAACAAACAGGACACUAUUUUUUUGUUUUUAACUUAUCUGGUCAAACAGCCUGCUCGCACAUCCCUGCCAUUCCUCCCUCUGUCAUUGCUCCAUCUUUCCUCUUCUCUCCUCCUUCCCCCCGACCUCUUGCUCCCUUUGUAUGUCUGUCUUUACUUUACUGCUGAACUAUUAUUCUUGUACAGACUGUAAAAUGUAUUAUUUUGUACAACUUUAUUGAAAAAAAAAUAACUUUUAGAAGAUCCCUGUGCCUUGAUCACGACUGUACGUGUGUAAUGAGCUAAAGUGGGUGUCAUACUGCGCUGUAUAGCUUGGCCAAUCCCCCCCAACUCCCUGCCUCCCUCGCCACUUCCUUCUCUCUCUCUCUCUCUCUCUCUCUCUCUCUCUCUCUCACUUUCUUUAUUUCUCUCUCUCUCUGUCUCUUUGUCUGUCUUCUCUUUCUCUGUCUCUCCCCUCAGGGACAGAGGACCACCAUUCGUAGCUUUUGCAGUUUUAUUUCUCUUCCCUAUCCCUCCAUUCUCUCUUUAUGAUUUAAAUGUCUAUUUUUGGAUCCAUAUACCCCAAAAAGAUAAAUAUAUGAAAUGUAUAUGGGUUUUAAAAAAGUAUUUUAUUAGAAUCAAAUGAACCUUGACAAAUUGUACACUUGAUAGUGUGCGUAUUGCUAUAACUUAAAUCCUUUCAACUGAAGUUGUGUUCAGGUUUCUUUUGUUUUCUUCCAUUGACAUCUGCAAAGGACAUUUUGAAGGGUUAAAGAGGAGAUCACAGAUGCAAAACGUUGCUUGUUUCUACACAAAUCUUAGUCUUUUGCUAAGAAGGGCCAAAAAGACAACAAAAGAAAGUAAUUUCACUCUAUUUUCUGAUGGGGGGGGGGUCCUCCUUCCUUGCCUUGCACAGCAGAGGCGGCCUGUACAGUAUUAGCAUCGCUCUCAUUUCAGUGCCCUAGUCUUCAUUUAAUGUGUACAUCAAAUUAUGGGUCUCUACUUUCUGAACAGAAGCUCUAAGAAAUAAAGGUUUUUUUUUGGUGCA